CUGAUUUGUAUUCCAGAAACAAUUGGGGGUGCAUGAGGUAAAAAUACAGAAAAUACAGUUAGGGUCCUUAGGGAACUGAUGAAACCUGAAAACACAAGAAAGGUUUUUAGCAGGGUUUAUAGGUUUCAAAGGCGGCUUCUUUGUGUUUGUUUCUGUCUUCACCCCAUUUUUCUUCAUCUCAAUAAUCUUCGAAUAACAAUCUCCACUUCAUCAAUAAGGGCUUAUUGUUCAGCCUCUGAUGCUGAUCAAAACUCCUUCAAAGUGAUGCCCUGUUUCCCAUUGUUGUUGUAUAGAAAAUUUCCUUUUUUAGUAUAUUCAUCAGAUUCUUUCUUUGCACAUUGUAAAUCCACUGAAACAUGUGGAGAAAUUUAGUAAAACAAGCUUCUUCCAGGAAGAUAAACUUCUUCUCGGAGGCUCAUUGUUUUCCCUCUUCAUCUGCAUCUGCAGCGACAAAGUUUAGUCACGGUUCUAGCCUUAUUGGCGGCAGUAAAGUCCUGCGAUUUGGCGGUAGAAAUCACAUCAGUUGUGAAGAUUCAGGAUUGGGUUUGCCUCAAAAUUCAAUCUUGAUGCGGACAAGGGAUGAUUUUCAUACAAAAUCCAUGUAUUUUAGCAACCCUUUAGGUUUUUGUGGUAGGGGAUAUGCUUCUGCAGCUGAGGCAAUCGUGUCGACUUCAGAGGAAGAUAUAGAUGAAAUUCAGGAAUUACUUGAGGAAAUGGAAAAGCAGGGCAUUCCAAAGGAGGAGAAUUAUCGCCCACAGAAGCAGCAGAAAGUGGUGGGUGGAUUGGGGAUGGGGAAAUACUAUGCCCUCAGGAAAAGACAGGUGAAGACGGAGACUGAGGCUUGGGAAGAGGCAGCCAAGGAAUACCAGGAACUUUUGGAGGAUAUGUGUGAACAAAAGUUGGCGCCCAAUUUGCCCUAUAUAAAGUCAUUGUUUUUAGGUUGGUUUGAGCCAUUGAGAGAUGCUAUAGAAGCUGACCAAGUAUCAUGUGCAGAAGGAAAGAACAAGGCGAAUUACGCUCCUUAUUUCCAUUUAUUGCCUGCUGACAAGAUGGCAGUUAUUACUAUGCAUAACCUGAUGGGACUGUUGAUGGCUGGGGGAGGUCAUGCUAAUACUAGAGUGGUUAAAGCUUCAUUGAGUAUUGGUGAAGCGAUUGAGAAUGAGGUUAGAAUACACAGGUUCCUGGAGAAGACUAAAAGGAAGAAUUCAUUGAAUAAGAAUUCUGAAGGAACUGAAUCCCAAGCUAAGGAAGAAGAGAAGCUUAGAAAAAAAAUCAAUAUGCUGAUGAAAAAACAAAAGCUGCAUCAAGUGAGAGAAAUAGUUAAGCAUCAUGAUGAUUUAAAGUCCUGGGGUCAGGAUGCCCAAGCUAAGGUUGGCAGCCGUUUGAUUCAGAUUUUGAUUGAAACAGCGUAUAUACAGCCUCCACUAGGUCAGCAGGAAGAUGGUUCUCCUGAUAUUCGCCCUGCAUUUAUGCAUGUGCUUAAAACUGUUGACACACCGAGCGGGAACAAGAGAUAUGGUGUGAUUGAGUGUGAUCCUCUGGUGCGGAAGGGCUUGGAGAAUACUGCCAAACACGUAGUGAUUCCAUAUAUGCCGAUGCUGGUCCCUCCCCUGAACUGGACUGGUUAUGACAAAGGUGCACAUUUGUUUUUGCCAUCCUAUGUCAUGCGUACACAUGGAGCAAAACAGCAACGAGAAGUUCUUAAAAGAACUCCCAAGAAGCAGUUAGAACCGGUUUUUAAGGCUCUUGAUACUCUUGGCAGUACCAAAUGGAGGGUGAAUAAAAGGGUGCUGGCUGUAAUUGAUCGUAUUUGGGCUAAUGGAGGCCGUAUUGCAGAUUUAGUUGAUCGUGAUGAUAUCCCUUUGCCGGAAGAGCCAGACACAGAAGAUGAAAAAGAAAUCAAGAAGUGGAAAUGGAAAUGUAAAUCUGUGAAAAAAGAAAACCUUGAGAGGCACUCACAGCGGUGUGAUAUAGAACUGAAACUUGCAGUUGCUCGCAAAAUGAAGGAUGAGGAGGGGUUCUUUUAUCCGCAUAAUCUUGAUUUUCGUGGCCGUGCUUACCCCAUGCAUCCGCAUUUGAACCAUCUCGGCUCUGAUCUCUGCCGUGGAAUACUUGAAUUUGCUCAGGGGCGUCCACUAGGAAAGUCAGGCUUAAGGUGGUUAAAGAUACACCUAGCAAAUGUAUUUGGUGGUGGUGUUGACAAGUUAUCUUAUGAAGGUCGGGUAGCAUUUUCCGAAAACCAUCUGGAGGACAUAUUUGAUUCUGCAGACAGGCCUCUUGAAGGAAAAAGGUGGUGGUUGGGUGCAGAGGAUCCUUUCCAAUGCUUAGCCACAUGUAUAAAUCUUUCAGAAGCAUUGCGAAGCCCAUCUCCUGAGACUACCAUAUCACAUAUGCCUAUCCAUCAGGAUGGUUCGUGCAAUGGCCUGCAACAUUAUGCUGCUCUUGGGCGGGAUAAGCUAGGAGCGAUUGCAGUCAAUCUUGUGGCUGGAGAAAAGCCUGCAGAUGUUUACUCUGGAAUCGCUGCCAGAGUUCUAGAAAUCAUGCAGAGAGAUGCGGCUAAAGAUCCUGAAACUGAUGCUAAUGUGAUGCGGGCCAGGCUGCUCAUUAACCAGGUUGACAGGAAAUUGGUGAAGCAAACAGUGAUGACAUCAGUCUAUGGUGUCACUUAUAUUGGUGCUCGUGAUCAAAUCAUGAGGAGAUUGAAGGAGCGAAAUGCAAUUGAAGAUAAUGAUGAGGUGUUUGCUGCUGCUUGUUAUGCUGCAAAAAUUACCUUGACUGCCUUAGGAGAGAUGUUUGAAGCAGCCAGAGGCAUCAUGAAUUGGCUUGGUGACUGUGCAAAGAUCAUAGCCAUGGAAAAUCAACCAGUUCAAUGGACUACUCAACUUGGGCUUCCUGUUGUGCAACCUUACCGCAGUAUAGGAAGACAUCUUGUUAAAACAUCUCUUCAGGUUUUAACAUUGCAAAGAGAAACUGACAAGGUUAUGGUGAAGCGGCAGAGAACAGCUUUUCCUCCAAAUUUUGUUCAUUCCCUGGAUGGUUCUCAUAUGAUGAUGACUGCCAUUGCUUGUAGAGAAGCAGGCUUAAAUUUUGCAGGAGUGCAUGAUUCAUACUGGACGCAUGCAUGCGAUGUUGAUCAAAUGAACAGGAUUCUGAGAGAGAAAUUUGUCGAACUAUAUGAAGCACCAAUUUUGGAGAAUUUGCUGGAUGACUUUCAGAAGUCAUUUCCUAAAUUGAAAUUUCCUCCUUUACCGGAACGUGGAGAGUUUGACUUGAGAGAAGUUCUAGAAUCUCCAUACUUCUUCAACUAG